AUGGCCGAGCAGCAUGGCAUUCCAAUGUAUCUCUCCCCCAGAUUCGGUGAAAACUCAUUAGAGCAGCACACUCCCAACAUUGGACCCUUCGGUUUCCACCUCCAACCACCACAGUUUGGCCUUGGACCCAACCAUCAGGUAAGGUCCUCCUCCUCCAAGAGGACCGUCGGCAGGCCACCCGGUUCUAAGAAUAAGCCGAAGCCCCCGAUGGUCAUCAUCAAGAACAACAAUGACAUAAAGUUAGCAAUUAUUGAGGUCGGUGCCGGCACCGACGUCAUGGAGACGGUGGUCCAGCUGGCCCGCCGCUACAACUCCAACAUCAUGGUGGUCCAUGCUGCGGGUACAAUUUCCAAUGUGACUCUCAGCAACCCUCUGGACCAAGCUUUCAUUGCCCAUGGACCCUUUGUUCUGUUGGGUCUCUCUGGAUCCUAUGUGACACCACAUUCUCUCAACGAUCCCUUGCCUUCUUCUUCUUUUCCAUCUUUCACCCCCAACCUCUCUCCCUCUGCGACUCGCUCCACCUUCGCGAUCUCCAUCUCUAGCUUACAGGGAAAAGUCAUUCAUGGGGUCGUUGCUGGAAAGAUCAUGGCCGCAAAUAAUGGGGUCACUGUUACGACUCUGCUUUUCAAGAACCCUGAGUAUCACAAAUUUGGUGUCGUCACUGAAGGCGAUAUUGUGGAAGAACAUAUUGAUAACCCUCAUGACAAUGGUGGUGGCAGUGAUCACGGGGCCGCUAGCGGUUUUAUAGGUGGUGGGUGUGCUGGUGGUUUUGACAUGCUUGAAUUUAAACAAGAUUGA